CACUUCUAUAUUUUCUACCUUAAAAACAUGCAGUUUCAAAAAUGUUGCUUAAUUUUUACUAUAUUUAAAUAUGUGGGAGUCUGACAAAGGAUGUGUAAUUUAUUUCCCCAGAAUAAUUACAUUAAAUGUUGUUGUUACUAUUAUUAUUAUUAUUAUUGUUGUUGUUGGUGUACCUUGGGAUAUUUGCCCCUUUAAACGUUUAGUACCCCCUGUCAUAACACACAUUUUGAUUGUUACCACACAUGACAAUGUUAUUAUCUUAGCCUGUGUUGUUUACAGUAAAGUGUUAUUGCAGGAAGUGCAGGAGAGACUGAUUGUUUUAUAUAUUUCCAGAUGCAUUCAGAAUUGGAAAGUUGUAUUAGAUGUGAGGUUAUCUGUGCUGUGCAGAGCAAUUCUGGCAUUUCUUACUGUAAAUGGUCUUUAUCUUGGUUAAAAAUCCCACGCUUUGUUUUUGGCAUCUGACUUUUAUGCAAGAUACGUGUCCUGCAAGUGUUUGUCCAGUGUUUGGAUGAGCUUUUCAACAGCAGUUAACACAGGAGAACUGAUAAUACGUGAUGACCGUGCCAGAUAAGUUUCAUGUGGUAUUACAGGACAAACAGAAACCAGAAAUAGCUUGAAAUUAUUGCCAUGUCCUGGCAAAUUGCAGAAAACAACCGUUUUCACAGUUAUAACCGUGAAAUGAACAAAUAGAGGGUCUUAUGCAUGUACACGGUUGUGCAACGUGAGAGAUGAGGGUUUUCUGUUGUUUGUGUAUGUGUGUGUCAUAAGCGGGUAUCAACCAGGUUUUACUGAAGUCAUAUGCUUUAUAUGCAGGCUUGUAUGUCCGCAGAUCAGCGGCUCGUCAGUGCUUGCAGGAAGCGUGUGCACUAACACUGUUUUCUUAUUCGAUCAUUUGAAUAGGCUAAGUUGACGUGUUUUUUGUUCCCCUGCUCAUCUCUUUAUUAGGAUUCAACACAUUUUAAACUCCAACAACCGAUAUUUACGUCACUAUCAGAAAUAGCCUUUUGUUUGUGAUAACCUUUAUUUUCUCAGGGGUUGAAUUUCAUAUCCACUUUCUGUUUCAGAGGAGAUGGAUUUUUUUCCCCCAUACGGGAAAGCCUCACCCACAUAAGUUUGGUCCCAUGCAGUAAACAAGUUAGUUGAUUGGUUUUGCUUUAUAUACUGUGAUUUAAUAAGGAAAACACCAACGUAAGCCAGUGCGAGCCUGUGUUGGUGGUACCAGUGCCAUGCUUUCCAUUGGUUCCUGUUUACAUGAUGCCCACAGGACACGCGGUGAUUGGUGGCGCUUCACACGUGACCAGGCAACUUUGUACAUUUGACAGGGAGUAGGAGGGUUUUGUGGAGAUCAGAAAAACGACAGCGCGAUAAAAAUUAGUAUUGUUGCACUUCACAAAUUAAUGACCAUGAGUUCCUACUUGAUAAACUCCAACUAUAUCGAGCCGUCCUUUCCUCCAUGCGACGAAUAUCAGCAGAGCGGAUACAUCCCCAACCCUGGUGAUUACUACGAGCGGCCAAAAGAUGCGGGUUUCCCCCAUCACGACGAGCCAUCCUAUCCGAGGUCAAACUACACAGAAUCGGGCUACGAUUACGGUAACGUCCCCGCCACCGGACUCGAUGAUUUCGGCGAGGGACAUCACGCACAGCCGCAACCGGUUCCACAGAGCCACGGUCCUCGCCUCACCGCGGCCCCAGACGGUGGCGCAGGGGCAAAUGCCAGCAAAGACUGCAGCCUCGCCAGUGAGGUAUAUCCCGGCGUAGCGAAGGGCAAGGAGCCGGUGGUGUAUCCUUGGAUGAAAAAGGUCCACGUUAACACCGUCAAUGCCAAUUACACUGGAGGAAUGCCCAAGAGGUCCCGCACUGCCUACACCCGCCAACAGGCUCUGGAGCUGGAGAAGGAGUUCCACUUCAACCGGUACCUGACCCGGCGCAGGCGGGUGGAGAUUGCGCACACCAUGUGUCUGUCCGAGCGCCAGGUCAAGAUCUGGUUUCAGAACCGGAGGAUGAAGUGGAAGAAGGAGCACAAGCUUCCCAACACCAAGAUCCGCUCCUCCAGCUCGGCCUCGUCCUCAGCCUCGGGGGCCCAGCAGCAGCAGAUCAAAACAGGCCAGCAGCUUGUCCCCACGCCGUGCACCGCAGGCCUAUAGUGCUUGAACGAACCCCACCCCACAAAACCCAAUCCAGACUGAGAUGGCAAAUAACACAAGUGGAAUUUGAUGGACCGAUUCUCAGUAUUUUACACACAUGGUGUUCUCUUUCACCUUGCCUCCGCCAUUGGGCCCCUGUCACGUCCUUUGUACCCUUUCCCUCUCCGGUCGUCCUCGCCCUCUUCAUAUAAGCUUGAAAUUUACCUUUAAUUGCCACGAUGGCAACAAAGUGUUUAUAUAUUUGUUUAUUAUUAUGAAAGAAGGAUAACGCACAUUCAAACGUAGGACUUGGAUCAAAAUGUAUCAUUACAGUUAAAAUUGAGUGAGGUAAAAGUAAGUUUGAGCUCAUUUUUUCUAUGUUCUCUUUGAUUAUUGUUUUUCUGUUGUUUUUUUUAUUAUUUCUCAUGGAAAGUUCUAAUAUACUUGAAAGAUAUUUAGCGAAACUCUAGAUUCCUGUUAGAAAACCAGACGGCUGUUUUAGAGGUAUGGCAUCAGUCAGAGUAACAGUGUAGUUUGUGUGUUUGAGUGGGUUGGUUUACUGUUGAAUGUAGUCCAGGUGACUUUCACAUUUAAUGUACAUAGGCAAAUCAUAAUGAAGGCACAAUAAGGAAAGAAUUUCGUCCAGUAGAAUUAUGUUUGUUGGUGUUGUAAGGUCUAGUUUUAUUUGUGCUAGUCCGUCCCAUGUUGUGUUGUGUUCUAAACUGUGAAUAUUUGUAUGUGUCGUCUCAGUAAUGACCGUUGUGAUGUAGGCUAGUGUAGGCUCAAUCUGUCCUUGUGAAAUAAAUAUGUACUUCACUUAUAA